AUGAACGGUAUAAGCAUAAAACCUAUAAUAUCUUCUUCACAACAAACUACUGGUGAUUGCAAUAACAACUAUGUGGAUGAUGUUUCAGAUGAAGUAGUCAAAGAGGAAUACUCAAUAUCGGAAGAAACUGCUGUAACAGGAGUAAGUAUCGAUGCGGAAGCAAAGGAGAAGGAAGAUCAAGCAACAUCAAGCACUGACAGCAAGGACACAGGAGCAUGGCGCCAUAGAGGUCGCCGAAAACCAUGUACAUGUUACUACUGUGAAGUAGAUACGGGUGAAGAUCGGAAGAAUCAACACAUAUGCCAUGUUAGCGACUGCGGUAAGGUGUUCCGAAAACCGUCUCUUCUGCGAGAUCACAUUCGGUUGCACAUGGGAGAACGACCCUAUACGUGUACCUGGGCCAAUUGUGGAAAACGAUUUGCGCGUAGUGAUGAACUACGGCGGCAUCGGCAGUUGCAUACUGGCGAGAAACGACAUCAAUGCAAUCAAUGCGAAAAAAAGUUCGCACGAAGCGACCACCUCCAGAAGCAUAUGAAAGGCAUGCACAACAAAGAAAAAUGCGAUAAAAACGAAUCAGAAGCGAACCACUCGGUAACAUCGGAUAGUAAUAAAUAA